UAACCGGAUGUUGACAAUUUAGCGUUACUUUCUGAUAUUAAUAAUGGGCAACAAGUUAAAUUCUGCGUUUACAAAUAAAUUUUCAAAGCACCCCGGUGGUGUGAAUAGUAAGAGGGGAACAAAAAGAAAGCUUGAAAGUGAAACAGAGACCGCUCACAGUUCAAGGGAAGACAAUUCAGAUAAAGUACAUGUAGCAGGAAAGUCCGAGUGUGGCGACAGCCCCUCCUCCCCAGGAAAGUGUGAAGUUGGACUAGCCCCAGUGUCAGAUAUUCACACACCUAAAAGAAAACGACUGAAAUCAACAUCAAAAUACAUUUAUCAAACACUGUUCCUUGAUGGGGAAAAUAGCGACAUCAAAAUAUAUGCACUUGGACAAGAGUGGAAACUUCACAAGAUAUAUUUGUCUCAGUCUCCCUACUUCUCUUGUAUGUUUAAUGGUUCCUGGCGAGAGUCUCUGAUGGCAGAAAUAGAUUUACAGAUCCCGGACCCAGCUAUUGACACAUCAGCUCUGAGGACAGCCUUUGGUUCCUUGUACAGGGAUUAUGUGUUCAUCAAACCAGUAGAGGUCGUAGGAGUUCUCGCUGCUGCAUUUCUUUUACAACUGGAUGGUUUAAAGCAGCAGUGUCUGACUUUGAUGGGCAACACUAUAAGUGGUGACACAGUAUGUAGCUAUUAUGAGGCCUGCUGCCGUUACGAUGUGGAGAAGCUGAAAACUGAGUGCUUUAGCUGGCUGCUUACCAACAUCCUGACCUCCGCUGAUCUGGACCUCUUCAAACAGAUCAAUGUUGACAUGAUGAAAAGCUUGGUAGGAGAUCCAGAGUUGUUUGUUAUGCAAGUUGAAAUGGAUGUAUACUCAGUGCUCAAACGGUGGAUAUUUCUGAGAGAGAAUCAAACCUGGUGUGGAGAUUACAAAUCAAUGCUGUCAUCCAUUGAUGAUUUUUUUAAAAGAGGAAAUGAAACCGACUGCUUUCUGGAAACAACGGCAGGAAAGACAUAUUUACCAGCCUUCAGUCAUGUUAGGUGGCAGCACAUUGUAAUAGAUCUGGACUCACUGCUUAUACUAGAACAGGACAGGAUAAUAAACCUGGAGUGGAUCAAGCCCUUAUAUCCUGGAAUGUGGAGAAAGAUGUUGAGAUUGGAGCAAUCUAAGGACAAAGGCCCUGAUGAGGUUCCAAAUGAAAACCAUUUUAAUCAAACUUCCUUGCGAUGUGGAAGACUGCUCAAAUGUGAAGGAGAGUACUGCUGGCGCUGGGUGGGUUAUAAUUAUGGUGUUGAUAUUUUGCUCACGUACGUCAACAACGUCAUCUUCAUCAAGCGGAACACUCUCAGUCAGCCAAACCCUCACUCAGCAAGCUUAGACAAAGUCAGGAACUUGGCCUACAGGCUGACGAUUGCCUCUGUGGACAAGGAUGGAAAAGUUACAGAAACCAAGACCACAGAGAUUCAGAAGCUGUCCCUACACAAGGAUGAGGAAAUGCUUGCGAUGAGUGUGAACAAAACCUUUACUUUUCCUCUGUACCUCAGUAUGAAUAUUCUAUUGACGGGACAGAAGUCAUCCCAACCGGAGCACAUUGAUAUCUGUACCGCGGCACAGUCCAGGAGUCUUCAACAUACCUCCUCACAGACAUGUGCAGUUAUAACAUGCAACAAUGGAUCUCAAACAGAAAAUUUGUCUGAUAAAUCCAAUAAGUCGCUAAAUAUACAGGAUUUAUCUUUAUCAAGCUCCACAAUUAGAAAGUGUUCUAAUGGAAAGGUAGUUGAUGACCCCCAGUAUUCAGAGGAGAAACUCUCUAGCAUUAACCGCACGGCGAGUUCUAAUGAUAAUAAUUCACCGAAUUCUUCAACGCCAAUUGAACUUUUGUCUUCAUCAACUUCUACUCAAAGCAGUAAGAAAAGCCUCAGUGAAAAUGAAGCCGAAGGAACUGAAACUUCGUCACAAGGUGCUGAUUCAUCAAACUCUAAUAAAGGAAGACGUGCGCUAAGAUACCCAGAGGAGGAAUUAAUCCUGUAGAGAGUAGCAUACGAGCAGGCUGAUGCAGUCAAGCAAAUCCAGCGGUAGAGUGCUACACAAACCAAAUCACAAUACUUUGAAAUUUUUAAAAUUAAAUUCAUGUAACAUGGCAUGAUAUUGUAUAUAUUAUAUAUUUUACCUGAAUUACCCAGGCAGCCUAUUGGUAUUCAUACCCGUCUGUUUAACUGUUGAACAUUUUUAACUUCUUUCCAGAAACUACUUCACCAGUUGUCACCAAAAUAGGUAUGAGGUCUCUUUAGGGGUAGAGAAACAAACGGGCUGAAAUUCAUGGUCAUUGUCCCACUUGGGUUCUAUGGGCGGGACCCCCCAGAACUUUACGAAAUGAUGCAAUCAUAAAAAGAUAUUACUUCGGAACAUGUAGAAAGCAUCUUGAGUGCAUGCCUUUACCAAUUUUGUGAAAUCCAUGGCCCCAGGGCGGGGCCACAUAAGGUAAAGCACAUAGAGAAAAUGUACUUAAUCUUUCUAUAUGUUGUGAUGGUUUUUCCUAUAGAUACCCGAGAUUUUACUAUUCAUCAAGGCUGCACUGUAACUUUAAUUCAGUUGUGAUUUUGGAUCUGUUUACGUAAUUCAGUGAUUCAAAAAUUAGAAGUGCAUAGAAUUUGAUAAAUGUUUAGUGAAAUGGUUAUUGACUGAAUAUCGGCACAUUUGUCUGCCCUCGGUCGAAACACGGAAUCGGACCUACCUAUAGCAAGCUGGGCCCGCUUUACCGUGCAACGACCUCAGGUUGCAUAUUUAAUAACCGAUAAUAAAUCUUAUUUAUUCCUGAAUAUGUAGCAGAUAAACUGAAUGUAUGAUUAUGAUAAGCAUGGCGAUAAUCUGCCAACAUUUGUAUUCACGGCCCCAUGCAGCUGUGUAAGGUGUUCAGAAGUAGAUAUGCAAUAUACUAGUAUAUAGUGAUAAUCUAUGAAAUUCAAUAAACAUGUGGCAGAUGA